AUGAACCUUUCGUUUCCCACAUUAUCGCCAAUUCCGCCUCCAGACAAGUACCAUCAUGAUUACUCCGACCUGCGCUCUCCAGUCCUAACUCAAUCCGUCCUCUCUCCUAUCUACACAAUCGUUCAAAGUCCCGAGUUCUUCGCUGAUUUCUCCCGAAUCAUCCUACCCUUCUUCCAACUCAUUCCUUGGACUAUGGCUGCGCUACUUGGAAGAGGAGGCGAAGAAGCCUUAGGCCAGCUGGGCCAGUUCCCGUUGGAACAGUGGUUCUUUGAGAUGCCACCGUGUACCCGAUACUGGACGACUGCCACAGUCGUCACAUCCAUUCUGCUACAGUGCAAAGUCAUCACACCAUUCCAGCUGUUUUAUUCCUGGCGAGCAGUUUACUAUAAAUCGCAGUACUGGCGACUGAUAACGACAUUUAUAUACUUUGGACCACCGUCACUGGAUCUGGCCUUCCAUGUGUUCUUUCUUCAGAGAUACUCCCGACUCCUGGAGCAAGGAUCCGGCGCCUCGCCAGCAGUGUUCUCUUGGCUACUUCUGUAUGCCUGCACGUCGCUCCUAGCGCUCAGUUCCCUCACCACCUCGAUCCCGUUCCUUGGUUCGGCAUUAUCCAGCACUCUCGUGUACAUCUGGUCCAGGCGCAACCCUGAUACACGGCUCAGUUUCCUUGGUGUCCUUGUGUUCAGUGCGCCCUAUCUGCCUUGGGUCCUCAUGGGCUUCCAUAUGUUCAUGCAUGGCAGCGUUCCCAAAGAUGAAAUCCUUGGUGUGAUUGUGGGACAUGUUUACUAUUUCUUUGCGGACGUCUGGCCAGGUCUGCACGAGGGACAACGACCGAUGGACCCUCCAGAGUUCUGGGUCCGCUUAUGGGAAGGUCGACGAGCCGAAACUGCCGAAAGAAACAUUGAUGGUGACGUGGCAGCAGCUGCUGCACGACCCGGCGAGGUCCGAUAA